AGAGCAUUGAGGAAUAUUAUUAUUGUUCAGGCAGCUGACCUGAUAAAGGACAGAGUGAACCUCAAGGGAUUUUACAGGAAAAGCUGCGUUGGGUCAGAACUGGUGGACUGGCUUCUAGAACACUGUCCUUUUGUUCAGUGUAGAUCUAUGGCCAUUGGUGUAUGGCAGCUCCUGUUGGAUAUGGGAAUUAUAUCAUCAGUGGACCAGCAUUUAUACUUUCAAGAUACCUAUGUUUUCUAUCAAUUUUCAUCUGAUGAAUGUAGCUACUUGUACUGUGAAUUUGAAAGAGAAGAAGAAUGGCAAAAUGGUGUCAAACUUUUAUUGCAGUUUGUGCCUCUUAUUCCUGCUAGAACUGGCAUUUGUGAAAUGUCUCAUCAGAAAAUUGAAGACCCGGAAGAAAGCAGUGAUGAAAUUCUUGCUCGUCUAACAUCUGAGAUGCAGAGAGAGCUAGCAGCUGUUAUUGCUUUGAAAGCAAGAAAGUCUGCUCUUGAGCAAAAUGAGGAAAACAGUGAGAAACAUGGUCCUGUCACAGAGGCUGAAGGUGUUCCAGGUUCUCAGGCAGGGGUGAUGUGCAAGCUUCAGGAAAGAGAUGAUAUUGGACGAAUUGAACUGGUUCAGAAGCUGGCAAGAGAAAACUGUCAGUUCUUGCAGACGGACAAAAAAGACCAGGAGAAGUCUGAACACGAUGAUGAAGUGUUAACCACCGUUCAGGUUAAAGAGCAAGACCGGAACGUCCUGGUGCUGAAGAAAGUGCAGUGCUGUGGUCCAGCCCCCCCAGCUGGGAGCGCUGAGAGUGAUUGGAGAUACGUUGUGGUGUCCGGGACCCCAGAGAAGAUUUUGGAACACCUUUUGAACGACUUGCACCUGGAAGAAGUCCAGGACAAAGAAACAGAGACCCUCCUUGAUGACUUCCUCCUCACAUAUACAGUCUUCAUGACAACUGACGACUUGUGCCAGGCGCUGCUAAGGCACUAUUCUGCUAAGAAGUAUCAAGGCAAAGAAGAAAACUCAGAUGUUCCUUGUCGGAAGCGUAAAGUCUUGCAUCUUGUUUCCCAGUGGAUUGCUCUGUACAAGGACUGGUUACAUGAAGAUGAGCAUUCAAAAAUGUUUCUAAAGACCAUAUACAGAAAUGUAUUGGAUGAUGUAUAUGAAUAUCCAAUACUUGAAAAAGAACUGAAAGAAUUUCAAAAGAUUCUUGGAAUGCACCGACGUCACACUGUAGAUGAAUAUUCACCACAAAAGAAGAAUAAAGCCCUUUUCCACCAAUUCAGUCUUAAGGAGAACUGGCUCCAGCUUAGAGGAACUGUGACUGAAACAGAGGAAAUUUUUUGCCACGUGUAUAUAACAGAGCACUCCUAUGUCAGUGUGAAGGCAAAAGUUUCCAGUACAGCUCAAGAGAUCCUGAAAGUUGUGGCAGAAAAGAUCCAGCAUGCAGAAGAGGAUCUGGCUCUGGUAGCAGUCACAUUCUCUGGGGAAAAGCAUGAACUUCAGCCAAAUGAGCUGGCCAUUUCCAAAUCUCUUGAAGCAUCUGGUCGAAUAUAUGUCUACCGGAAAGACCUGGCUGACACUUUGAACCCAUUUGCAGAAAAUGAGGAAUCACAGCAAAGGUCAAUGAGGAUUUUGGGAAUGAACACUUGGGAUCUUGCUCUGGAAUUAAUGAAUUUUGAUUGGAACCUCUUCAAUUCAAUUCACGAACAAGAGCUGAUUUACUUCACCUUCAGCAGACAAGGAAGUGGGGAGCACACAGCGAAUCUCAGCCUUCUGCUCCAGAGAUGCAAUGAAGUCCAGCUUUGGGUGGCCACAGAGAUUCUGCUCUGCAGCCAGCUGGGCAAGCGAGUGCAAUUGGUGAAGAAAUUCAUCAAAAUCGCUGCUCACUGCAAAGCCCAGAGAAACCUGAAUUCCUUCUUUGCUAUUGUGAUGGGUCUCAACACUGCCUCUGUGAGCCGACUGUCACAAACUUGGGAGAAAAUCCCUGGGAAAUUUAAGAAACUUUUCUCUGAACUUGAAAGCUUAACAGAUCCUUCCCUGAACCACAAGGCCUACAGAGAUGCUUUCAAAAAGAUGAAGCCACCAAAAAUCCCUUUCAUGCCCUUAUUGCUUAAAGAUGUAACAUUUAUUCAUGAAGGAAAUAAAACAUUCUUGGAUAAUCUUGUCAAUUUUGAAAAGCUGCAUAUGAUUGCAGACACUGUCCGAACCCUGAGACACUGCAGGACUAACCAGCUUGGAGGUGACAUGUCUUCAAAAGAGCACCAAGAGUUAAAAUCCUACGUUAAUCACCUGUACGUGAUUGACAACCAGCAGGCCCUGUUUGAGCUCUCACACAGGAUCGAGCCUCGAGCGUGAGCCCCAUCACCCCACUUCAUCACCUCGCCUCCCCUGUAACUGCAGCACUUUGAGCUACAGGAAUGUCAAUGCCAAACACGGUGCUUUCCUGUGAGACAAGAAGUUUCUGAGUUUUAUCAGUAGAUUGCAAGACAGAUACAGGAAAGCCACCCAAAGCGUGCUCAGAGGUGUGCCAGUCACCAGAGAAGGAAGAGACCUCUCUCCAUGAUGCUCUCACACGGAGGCAGAGGAAGAGCCAGGAGCAUUUUUGAAAUGGAGAAGACUGGUUUCUCGUGGUCCUGCUGUUGAUCCAGUCCAAUUUUAAAUUUGAGUUGUUCGGUGUCAAGACAAUAGACAUGUCUUGUAUUUCGCUAAGAGCAUGUAUGUGAAGCAGCCAGGGGCUCAACUUUGCCUGUCAGUAAUUUACAGUUAUCUGACUGUCAAAGUAGUUCGUUUGAACAUCCAAGGAGAGUGAUGGCAUCUCUAGAUUUCCAGGGAGCAGAAGAGGUCUCUGUUGAUAAAAACUACGACAUCACCCACAGCUGCUUGUGUCAAGGGAGCAAGUGAGACCAGCAGCUGGCAUCCCUGCUGUGAUUUCCAGAAGAAAAAUGUCAAGUCAUGCAUUCCUUUGCAUCCACAAUCAUGUAUUGAUGUAUGCUUGCAGGUGAAAUUCAUUUCUGCACAACUGAUUUACAACUAAGCAAGUUAGACUAAAUUGCUUUGCCAAUAAGGAAAAAUAGUAAUCUUUAAAGAAAUGAACUUAUUUAAUUUCUGGGGAUUUUCUCUACAGGUACAAGCAGGCUCUCAACUCUUACUGGGAUCAAUAUGAUUUUCAAAAAAGCACAGUGCCUGACACAUUGUUGGCACUCAGUAACUACUUACUGAGGUGGCAGAGCCAGAAAGGUCUGUGUUCUUGUGCCUCUGAUGCCCUAGAGCUUUGCAUGCCUCGGACAGGCUUGUGUUGCCCAUGCUCUGAAAUGGGAACAGCCAGCUUGGAGAGGCUGAGUGGAUUUGGUGUCUGAAACCCCUAGGACUCCCCUAGAGAAAAGCACGGUAUUAAUAUAGAGGUGAUUACCCAUUUCUUCAGGUGAAGACCACCAAAAUAUCCAAAUGGCUGAUUUAUGCUGGACCCUUAAAAAUUUAUGCUGACCUCCCCACCAAAACAGUGGUCUUUCUAUAAUUUGUCUCCCCCCCCCAUCCUUUUUUUCAUUGGCACUCCUACAAUACAUUAAACCUCUUGCUAUUCUCAAGGACCGAUUAGAAGAUGACAAUUUCCCUCAACUUUCAAAUGAACAAAAAGCCUGCAGGCUAUAAUAUGAUACCUUCGUGCUCCUGUCAGCUAGAUAGUUACCACGUCGCCAAGAGCCAGAAGCCUGGCUUCAUGGAGUGGGCCCAUCCACCUCCCUCACAUGUGAGCCCUCUUCCCUUCUUCCCACACCUGCCUGCUCAUCCCUCAGACGCCUGUCCCAAAUUGCUUCAUUUUUUAUCUCAUCCACACCUGAUUACUGAGAGGUGCAUGAUGUUUUCUGACACCUUUGUAGCCAUGUUCUUGCCUCACCUCAUGAGCCACGUGGGAGAAGACUUCAAAGACUCGGUCUGUUCCAGCAUGUAAACCUUCAGUCCUGAAAAUUAACCGGGUUUUUAUAUUAUAGAAAACACCAUCCAGAAUGGGUCCACUCAGAAAUACCCAGACUGCUUGGCAUGGGAGAGAGCAAAGCCAGUCAGAAGCAAGGAAAACUCACUUGACUCUCUCAUGCUGUUCAACCCCAAGCCGGGGACAGCUUUUCCCCUGGCAGCUGCUGUCGGUGGUUCUAGGAGAUACCACUUGGCCGGCCUCAUUAUGAACGGUGGUGUGACAUGAGGUUUCUGUUUGGCAACUUAAAUAUUUUUCACAUCAGAUCUGCACUGCUCCAACUAAAACUAUUUCACUUGCUCUCGUGGAUAACUAUUUCUCCAUAGCAUCCAGUUCAGGUAUGUACACAGCCAAACAAAACCAAAACCACAUCAUUUCAAAAUAUAGUUGAAACAGUGUGGGUGAAGGCAGGCUCCAGAAGUGGCCACCACUGCCUCUAGCUGCAGUCACAGAGCUCUCGGCAGCCAAGAGACAGGGAUUUUGUUUCGUUUAUAUUUUGCUUUCUCAUCCCUGUCUUCUGAAUGUCAAAAUCCCCAAAUCUUUGUGAAAUUUACCAGCUGUCUCCAGAGAUUUCCCAGGCAGCAGUUCUAAGAAAAUUCAACAACUUCGAGAAGACUUAAAUACGAAGUAAAAGAAUUCAAGGCAGAAAUGUGGGAACCAGACUUAGCUCAAGACAAAGCCCUUUCUAGGGAAUCUGAACUGCCCAAGAGUGAACACACUGUGGGCUAUCAGUGACCCUUCAGUCAGUAUUUCCCCUGCCAGGAGGCUGGGCCAUCUUUUCUCUCCAAAUGUUUGCCAAGGCCUCUUGGGAGUGGGUUUUGUUCUGGCCAAAAAAGUAGCCCAGAAGACAUGUAAACUUCCUCCCUACAUUCAGAAAAUCUCCUGUCAUACCACCUCACCAGUGAGUAGUGCACAAUCUCUUGAAAGUGCGCUCUCUUCACCGUAGCACAAGGCUCAGGCAGUCCUGCUUGUCUGUUUUUGGUCCAUCAGCAUUCCAGCAUACCAGGCCUGUUUAGCAGUCAGCAUGGGACCCAUUCCUGUAGGCAAAAUGCAACCCUCCCCAAUUUUUUUUUUAAUCUCCUAUAUACACUUUCAGAUGCUCCCACUGCUAUCGUGUUUUACAUUCAAUUUUUAUUACAGUCUGUACAGUUGCCAAAUAGCUGUAAUGAUAAAUACUAUGGUCUACCUUCAUUUUAUUCUAGUACCACUAAUUGGACUUAGGAUAACCCCAUUUCCCUAGACUCCUGCCCACCAACAGGUCAGCUGGAACACACAUUGCUUUCAGAAGCAAGAGGAGAAAGUAAAAUCUCACCACCACCCCCAAAUUCAUAGGGAGAAGUUGCUGCCCCAGUGCAAACUGACCUCCAAGCUGCGCAGAGAGGAAGGUGCCGGUGACUUCCGGUCCCUGGAGCUGAGCUCUUGCAGCUGUCCAGCCCCAGCCCUGUCACUUUGUCACAGGUCUCACAGACACCACAGACUGUAAGCUCAGUGUUCCACGUGCACAGUAUCCACUCUGCACAGAAACUAGACAAAAACAUUAAAAUGGGGAAGGGCAGACCCAUUGAAGUUGUCUACCGUGAAGUUUCUUUUAAAUGCUUCAAAGACAUGUCCUUAAAAUUUCAGCCUGCUUAUUAACAAGUGGGCCAUUUGUGCUGAAAACUGGUAAAGGAAAAACGUUUUUUAAAAUUGCCAAAAAGUUAGAUGAAAAGUACUUCUGUAUAAAGCAAAGCUGUAUAUACUAAAUGUUUUUUAGCAGAGUAAUAUUUAUUUGCAUAGCCUAUUUAUUGUAUUCGUAAUACACUGUUAUUAAAUACUGGGAUGAAAUCAACAACCUGAAGCAAGGCCUUCUUGCCUUUUAACGUGUCAUUAAUUGGGGCUGCUGUGACAUUGUCGGCUUGCGUUAACAAUUAGAAGACAGAAAACCCACAAUCAGGGUGUCUACCUAAUUCUCAGGGACUACACUUUGUAGUUUUCCACCAUUCUAAGAGCUGGUAAAUAUGAAACCUUGGUUGAAUUACCAGAAUUGCCAUUAACAGUGUUUUCUCUCUCAUAUCUCAUGCUUUCUGCCUCUGUACAUACGACAGUGCUGUGUAUUUAUCGAUGCUAGUAAGCAAUAAUUUAUAUGUAAAAAUGGCCAAGCAAUAGAAGGUGAAAACUUACAUAAGUCACUGUUACCUUACCUUGUAUUUUCAAGUGUUUUUUUAAAAACUGCUUUUCCAAAUACAAGAUUAUGU